CAAUAUAAUCACCCGCAUCAUGGCUACGGAACUGCGCAUCCCCAUUGUCGCGACCACUCGGAGCGAUGGCAAAGGGAAGACCAAGAACGCGACCCCUGACCAAGUUCACAGGGAGGAUGUCAUGAAUCACGAGGACGCCUUCUUUCACACUAACAUUGUCAUGUCUGCUUGCAUCCAUGGGACCUGGGACGAAGAGCACAACGAUAAGACCCCAGCGACCUUCCUGGUCUUCACAUGCGAAGUGCAGAGCAUGCGCGAGUUCAGGGCGAGAAAAAUUAAGAUACAAAUCGAUUUUCGAAACGUCAACAACGAGGAUGGAAGCCUUCGCCCUGCCAACCCAACCAUUGUGUCUCGAGGCCCGGAGAUCAUUGAACGUUUCCAGAAGAUUCCCGUCCUUCGCAAGUCGGAGCAUGGAAUCAGGGGAGCCAUAGAUGGCGGCACUGUAGUGAAACCAGGCGUUACAUUGCACCAGAUCAGCAGCGACGAGUACGAGAAACCGUACUUUGCUGAGGCCAAAUCGGGGGUACGGCACGCCUCCCCCACCGACCACCGGUAUGUGAAAGUGUGGUGGAUUUACACGGAGAACAGCAAAGGCACUGGAGGCGUUGCCCCAGGCUUCCGAGUUGCGGUGCUGCUGAAAAGGGACAACAACUCUCCCUUUCAAGGCCAGUUUGCCAUCACCGAGUUUGACGCUGGCUGGCGCUAUCCAGGAGCUGUGGUGUGGCAUGACUUUUGGAGCGGACGCGACCCAGACGCCGAAGAAGACAAGAUCAUCCACCCGAUCAACUUUGACCCUACGAAGCCUGAGCCGGUCAUGCCGAAGUGGAUGGCAGGGGUGAACUGCAAACAGCUUGUCGAACUUCACACCGAAACUGGCAUUGACAAGAAGUAUGCACGCGUCUGGGGGGUGGAUUUGUAAGGCAACCCAGGCCGCGGUCCAGGGUCUGUCGUCAGCUUUUCCAACACUAGUUGAGCUAGCCAGGCGGUCCCUCACGGGGAGACGGGUUGUGCCGUGCGGCCCGAAUGAGUUUGACUUGAC